AUGGAAGUAGUAAAUUUAGGAGAAGGUCGUUAUGAACAAAAUGAUAAUGUACCGGGGAGCAGCGUCUACAGUGACGAGUCAAGCAGCGUUUUUGAGAGCAACGAUAGUGAUCUCUAUAGCGAAGACUUGGACAAAACAUCGGAAGAAGAUGACUUGAAGGAAGACCUACAAAAAACGAUACUGGAAUGUUACAGAUCUGAUUCCAACUUCUCGUCACAUACGAGCGACACCACAAAUGACGAGGAAUUCCAGGCGACUGCCUUAGUCCAGUUUAUGGAUAUAUUGAAUGAUUUAGAUGAAGUUUUAGAUAAGUCUUUAUUGGCAUGUCUAGAUGAUGGUACUAAAAAUUUUGACAGUGAUGAAGAAGAUCUCAUUUGUAAAAUAAAGGAGUGUAUUGGUGAAAACCAUGAGGAUCCUGGAUGUUCUGAAGCCCAAAGUUCAUUAGAUGACAAUACUCAAGUAAUUACAUGUUUUAGUUCACAACCAUUACUUUCACCUGUCGAAGAAAUAGACAUUACACAGAAUAUAUCUGAAAGAAGCAAUCUCACGAGUCUCGGCCGCUCUAAAAGUUUUUCGGAUGUCUUAGAUAGUGAUCGAGAAGUUUUGGUUCCGUCUUUAGAGAGAGCAAAUACGACAAACGACAACCUUCGAAAUUCAAUGAGAAGAUUAGAUCCUAUAAUACUACCAGCGAUAAAUACAGAAUCGUUUUGCGAGCCUCUAACAUUACCAGUUAUACUAUUCUUAGAACACAAUAUUAACAUGAGACCAACAAGUGCACCAAUACAGUUACAAGUGACAGCCGCGAACCUUAGUAGCGAUAGCGCUUCAGGACCACUUAUUGUCGGACGUCGAGCUUUGCUUAUGAAUCGGACAUUAUCUCUCCCGUCUCCUGGGGAGAGUGACGUCACUGCCGGGGAUUGGACGGGUCGUAAUACAGCGAGGAGCACUGCUAGGAGUACUAGUGCAUCUAGUUCUUCCACUGAAUCUCUGAAUGUUGCUCCUACCUCUCAAAACAUUACAAGUGCCACGGAUGAGAGAAUUGAAGAGACUGAAGAACCUCCUUUUGGAGUUUGGCCACAUCGUAUGAGUGCCAUGUUGGCGUGCCUCAGCUGUACCGUGGGAAUAUUUAAUAUAUCUAGAUUUGCCAUAUUCAGUGUUCAUUUUGGAGCAAGCUUCAUAAUACAGUUUUUUAUACUGUCAUUGUUAAUCGGAAUACCAUUGUUUACUUUACAUAUGUGCUUAGGUCAAGUAUUGGAAUCUGGUCCAGUAGACAUGUGGCGUAUAUCGCCGAUAUUCCAAGGCGUUGGCGUGUCUUUACUUAUAACGCAAGCUGUUAUUGGAAUGUACAGUAUAAUAGGCCUGUCUUGGAUAUUUGUUUACUUCCGAGACUCUUUUAUAACAUCAGACGACAAAUACAAAUGGGCCUUACCACACGAAUUCAAUUUGGAAGAUGCCGUAAUGAAGAACGUUACUUAUAAGAUUCAGGAUACUUUGCCCCAAUAUUUUCACGGUGAAAUUUUACAAAAGAACUUGGUGUCCAAUAGCUCGUAUUUUGGCACAAUAAAGUUUCAAGUAGCUUUCAAUUUAGCCGUGGUAUGGAUGAUUGUGUUUGUAUCGCUGAGCAAAGGAUUGAGGUCUUACGGCAAGGCUGUAUAUAUGCUGAUAUUUCUGCCUAUCUGCGGAACACUCGUGCUGUGUAUUAAAUUACUUACGUUGAUACCAUACGAUUCUGUCAUAAAUAUAUUCUCGGAGACUGAAUGGAGUGAAUUCUUUAUUAAUAGUAAUAGUUGGGCUGCAGCUGCCCAGGAAACCUUUCUUACUUGGGGCCUUCUAGGAGCUUGUAUAAUGCAGCUAACAUCACAUAAAAACUCAAAAAAUAAGACUAGUGUAAUACUUCAAAAGGAGAGCGCGUGUAUUGUGGCAUUUACAUUCGCUGUGUUGUUACUGGGUUCGUUUCUAGCAAACACUUGCGUGCAAAUAUUGAAAAAUUACGGCUACGCUUACAUACCGGGUAGUUUUGAGACCGUCAAAUCAACACAAUUCCUAUGGCCAUUGUCGGAGCCAAUGCCGAGCAAUAUAGUAUCUACUCCAGUUCGUUAUAUGGGUCACUAUGGCAGCUUAGUAGGGGUGACCACUUGGAAGAAUGGUAACACUGCACGUGCACUUAGCGGGUGGCAACCUCUGCAGCUGGCAACACAGAUUGUACCUGCUACUCUUGCGGUGCUGCCUGCUAAUAUGUUAUCGCCAGCUUGGGCUGUUAUAUUUUACUUCAUACUGAUAAUGUUUGGCAUUGCACAACAACUGGCUAUAUGGCACUGCGUUAUAACCGGUAUUAUGGCUAUCAAUGCGGAUGCGCUUAAAAUUUGGGAGACAACCAUAACCUUUUUCAGUUGCGUCUUUGGACUGGCCAUGGGCUUGCUCCUUAGUACUGAUGCUGGUAUUCGCAUUGUCCACUUCAUAGAUUACGUGUGGGUGGGGUCUUGGUGGCAUUGCGUGAUUCAAGUGGUGAUGACUUGCGGUGUAUUCGUAGUGCGAGGACGUCCGUACUCGCCAGACGUGGUCGUAGGAGCGCUAUACUCUUCGGGAACUCGACUUUCUGCUACGCUGGCUGCACUGCUUAGCUUUACCUGGACAGUUAUACUGCCUGUUUUAUUGUGCGCAAUAUGUGUGAUGGAUUUCCGAGUUGGGCAGCAGCGUCAACUUUAUACCUGGCGAAAACAAAUCGGUUAUUGGCCGGUGUGGAGCCGCCAGGUGGCGGUGCUGAUGCAGCAGGGCUCGCUGCUCGUAGUGCCCGUGGCAGCCUUCAUACAGACUUGGCGAUACAUGAGUAAAGGACCGCCUGAUAUAUUAGACCGCAUCCAAAACUUGUACCGGCCGACCCUGGGCCCGGCGCCGGCGGGAGGCGGCCAGGCCCACGCGGCGCCGGCGGCGCUAGAGGCGAGCGCGCCGCCCGACCCGCCGCCCAAGUACACGCCGCCGCCCUCCUACUCCACGGCCACCGGCGCCAGGCUGCUCAACACCAUACGCCGCAGCUUCCGCACGCUCAGACGAAUUACCACAACGCGUACGGAACAAUCGCCAGCCGAGGAUACAACACAGUUGCCGAUCACAGUUAGCGAGACAGUCGAACGUGACGCUUUGGUGUCCCUCGAAUCACAACCGCCUGAAUAUAGCGGCGUAUUUGAGGCACCUUCAAUAACUAUUACCGACGAAAUCGAUUCAAGAAUAACUUCGAGGCCUCGAUCGUCUACUUCGCGCAAUUCACUAUCACUCACCAGGGAUUAUCUUCGAAGAUCAUUCGUUAGAAAGAGCGACUCCGCGAAAAGCAUUCGAUCCAGCUUACGCAGGAGUUUUAAGUAUGGUGGUGCUCUGACUAGCAGUCACGAACACCUGGUCCGAGGAGCGGAGCCGAUGUCCAGUACUGUCGCCAUGUCGGCUGUCAGCACUGCGCACGACCAUGACUCGACACACAGCCGGGCCUCCGUCAUAUAA